AUAAACAGACGGACGUUUCCCCACGUUGGUGAACUGAAAGUGUGCCCGGUUUGGGCUGCAUGGAAACUGGUCAGGGCCAGCCAGCAGGUCCUUGGGACUUUUUCUGUGGCAGUUUUUGUCCACUAAAUUUCAUCGUCCUGUGACGUUCAGCCCUCUCUGGAUGUAGUGUGACAGCCCGGGAACAAAAUCCACCACGAGAUGUUUACUCUCACAGAAGUUGUAUCGUUUAAUGACAUACUGCCAACCUACCGGAUACUGAAGCCAUGGUGGGACGUCUUUAUGGACUAUCUCGGGGUGGUCAUGUUGAUGUUGGCCAUUUUUGCUGGGACUAUGCAGUUAACCAAAGACCAACUGGCAUGUCUUCCUAUUCUAGAGGAGAGUACAACCCCCCACACAACACAGAGCCCUACGCAAUUCACGUCAUCACUUGGUACUGCACCUGUGGCCACUCAAGAUCUUCCUGACAACGUUGUGCAUGAAAUGCAUCAGACUGAGCGUGCUCCAGUUUGGAGCCAAAGUGCCCUUACCUCAACAGAACCUCAACCCAAAGGCCGACGAACAAACUUAGACUUCCAGCAGUACAUUUUUGUCAACCAGAUGUGUUACCAUAUUGCCUUGCCUUGGUAUUCCAAGUAUUUUCCUCCCCUUGUCCUCAUCUACACCAUAUUGCUGAUGGUGAGCAGCAAUUUUUGGUUCAGAUACCCAAAGACCAGCUCAAAGAUCGAACACUUUGUGUCCAUCUUGGGCCGUUGCUUUGAAUCACCCUGGACUACGAAAGCACUUUCUGAAACGGUCUGUGAGGACUCUGAAGAAAACAAGCAAAGGAUCAUCGCUGGCCAAACGGCAUCUAAGCAAGUCUCCACGGACAGUCAGGAGGAUGGCUGCUCCAGUGUAACAACACCUAUACUAGAUAACAACGAGGUCAGAUUUUCUGCUGAGAAGGUUGUUCCUGAAGGCCCGAGCUUGACCAUUUUGGACAAAAAAGAUGGGGAGCAGGCCAAGGCUCUUUUUGAGAAGGUGCGAACGUUUCGGGCUCACGUGGAGGAUAGCGACUUGAUCUACAAUCUCUAUGUGGCACAAACAACCAUAAAAGCAGUAAAGCUCGUUUUUAUCCUGUGCUUCACGUCCACUUUUGCCAUUGACAUCAAUUUCAUCCACAUUUGCCAACCACAAAUUGAACACCUAACAGGAUAUGAUCAAUUCUACUGCACUCAUAAUAUGGCAUUCAUGCUGAAAAAACUCCUCUUCACGUUCUUGGCUAUAAUUAGCCUUUAUGGCCUUGUGUGCCUGUAUGCCCUCUUCUGGCUGUUCCGCCGUCCACUAAAGGAGUAUUCGUUUGAAAAAGUCAGAGAGGAGAGCAGCUUCAGUGACAUCCCUGACGUCAAAAAUGACUUUGCGUUUCUCCUGCAUAUGGUCGACCAAUAUGACCAGUUGCACUCAAAACGAUUUGCCGUUUUCCUGUCUGAAGUCAGCGAGAACAAACUGCGGGAAAUUAGCCUUAAUCAUGAAUGGACGUUCGAGAAACUCCGGCAGCACGUGACCUCCAAUGCCCAAGACAAGCAGGAGCUGCAUCUUUUCAUGCUUGCCGGACUCCCCAGUGCCGUGUUUGACAUCACUGAGCUUGAAGUCCUUAAAUUAGAACUUAUUCCUGAGGUGAGACUCUCAGCCAAGAUUUUACAAAUGACAAAUUUGCAAGAACUGCACUUGUAUCACUCUCCUGCAAAGGUCAAACAUACGGCUUUCACUUUCCUUCGAGAUCACCUGCGGUGCCUUCAUGUAAAGUUUACAGAUGUUGCAGAAAUCCCUCCGUGGGUUUAUCUCUUGAGAAGCCUUAGGGAGCUGUACCUUGUUGGCAACCUAAGCUCAGAGCACAACAAGAUGAUCGGUUUGGAAUCCCUAAAGGAUUUGAGGCGUCUCAAGACGUUAUACCUGAAGAGCAAUCUCCACAAAAUACCCUCGACCAUCACAGAACUCUCGCCACAUCUCCUCAAGCUGGUGGUGCACAAUGACGGAACGAAACUUGUGGUGCUGAACAGUCUUAAGAAGAUGACGAACCUGGUCGACCUGGAGCUCCAUAACUGCGAGCUGGAGAGGAUCCCGCAUUCCAUUUUCAGCUUGACUAACCUGCAAGAGCUGGACUUGAAAUCCAACAGCAUUCGCACCAUCGAGGAAGUCAUCAGCUUCCAGCACCUUAAGAGACUGACCUGCCUCAAGCUGUGGCACAACAAUAUAAUAGCUAUUCCGCAGUCCAUAGGCCAGGUGAAGAACCUCGAGUCCCUCUACCUCUCCUACAACAAACUGGAGACCCUUCCAGUGGCCCUGUUUAACCUUCCGAAGCUUAGGCACCUGGAUCUCAGCCACAAUUCCAUUUCAUUGAUUCCAGCUGAGGUUGGACUUCUCCAGAACCUUCAGCACUUUGCUAUCACAAACAAUAAAAUAGAGGUUCUUCCCAAUAAUCUGUUCAGAUGUACCAAAUUGAAAGUUCUCUGUUUGGGAAACAAUAGCAUCACAAUCCUACCAGAGUCUAUCGGACAGCUGGUACAGCUCACUCAGCUCGAGCUAAAAGGGAACUGUCUAGCACUGCUUCCAUACCAGCUUGGCCAGUGUCGCCAUCUCAAGAAAAGCCUGUUGGUUGUGGAGGAUCAUCUUUUUGACUCUCUACCCCUCGAGGUAAAAGAGGAUAUGAGUAAAGAUAAUAAUAUAAUCUGAGCUCCACAAAAGUAACUGUUUAGCUGCAGGUUCCUUUGUUUCAAAUACAUAUCUGCCAUUUUAUUCUGAGGAAUGUAACCAAAAUAUCAGGUAGCGCGUUCCUUUCCAGUCUCAUAAACUCUAGGUAAUCAAUUUGGGUAACAUGAUGGUAGGUUCUGAGGAAGUCUUAACUGCCCAACAGGUUCUAGGUAUUAACUGGGUAAAUAAGUGGUACAAACUCCACGGUAUUGUGUAACUACUUUGGGUACUUUGGGUAAAAAGAUUGUACACAAAUGAAGUACAAAAAAGUUUUACAUAGCAUGUACCUGUCUGUUACCUGUAAACGACAAUGACUCUGGGCUCUAAAAGAAAGCGGUGAUUCUUACUAGGGUUUUGCUGGAGACUUACUAUUUAUUUUAGAAAUCUUUAUAAAAAAAAUCUCUGUAUUUUGUGAUGUCAUUGUGCACCAUUAAUUAAUGCGGUACUUGGAGGUGUCCCUGAUUUACUUUCCAGCUUAAAUUUGUGAAAUUCCAGUGAAAUUUACCAUAUCGCUGUUGUUGGAAGAAAACCUUGUAUCUCCAAAAUGGUAACUUUACAGGAGAAGGAAAAAAACCUUUACUUUUAAUGUAAA